GGAAGAGAGUGAGUCGAUCAGUAACAGCCGUAGAGAGAGAGCGUGGGGAGAAAGCUAAUCAUAUUGUGUUGGAAAAAGGCAGUGAAUCACGAACAGGGAGCGAAAAUCAGUUGGAGAGCGAGCAGAAGAAAAUCAGUAAGGAGGAGAUGGGAACUACGGCGUUUACCAGUGAUGUAGAUGAAGACCAGUACGCUGGCUAGAUUGAUCCAAAGAGCAUCAUUGGAGCCAUUGCAGUGCAAAAGGAUUUGCACGCUCUUGCCAAGAUGAAGAAAAUAAGCCUUAAAACAAUCAAAAAAUCCUUCAACUUGAACAAAGGCAAAGAAGAAAAUGAAUUUGUGGUAAUGCAGCAGCCAUCGCUUGUUAAUGAUUUUGGGAAGGACGACUCUCUGUUUAGCUGUUAUGGGAAGGAUUUGGCUGGUAACGAUCUAAACAAAACCGAGGAGGACGAUAAAGGGCCAAAAAAUAAAGCAAAGGGCGAAGGUUUGAUGGGCACACUGAAAAGGAGGCUUUCUGCAAAGCAGAAACAGAAGUCGAAAGGGAGUUCACCAUCUGUCAGCUUUGUGGAGGAUGAUCGAUUUUCCUCUUCAACCCCAGCGAGCAUUAAUGAUUUGAGAGCACAAAGACCCUUAAGGUCCACGUCACUUCGUGGCCACCAUUACAGCCCUACCCCUUGGCCUUUGCGAUCAACGAGUUCUGAAGAGACUUGCAUUAAGAUGGAGGGCAAGGUCAAAGCAUUGGUCCACAAUAAUAGCCCAAACCAAGCGAUAAGUGGAGUUCGUAAGGAGUUCCAUGACAUGCAAACAGAUCACGUGUUUCACGAACAGAACAACACAAUGAAAGAAAUUGACUCCCAAAAUGGCAACUCCCAUCUGGAUAUUGAUGAAUCGUGCCAUCUUCCUGUUGUAAUUGGAUUAAUGCCUCAGAACUAUAUUCAGUACACAAUGCCUUUAGAUGAGGGAAUGUAUCCUAUGGAAGGGUCAUGUAGCUAUUGUUUUGACAAUCCAUUGCCAAUGGAAGUUGCUUCAGUGCCAUCCCAUGUAUGCAGUAGCACACUACAGACAGAUGAUGGCCAUAUGGUUUCCGAUUUAGUGGUUUCAUCUGAUAUAUUCUUGGACCCGCCUGUUAAUGGUCUUUUGAUUGGUACAACAGGCGUUAUCUUGCAGAAUUCAAGAUCUAAUCACGUUGAUAUUCCUCCACUGUCUCCACUCCUACCUCCAGGUUCCAAUCAAAUGCAGUUAACGUUUCCUGGGUUUGUCGGCACAGCAGCUCAUGUAGCAGAAAGAGUUCGCCUUCAUUUAAACUUUGAUCCAAAUUCUGCUCCCGGAGUGGGAAGAGUUUAUGACUCUGUGCAAAGUAAUGGCCCAAUGGUGGUCACAAGUCUCACUGAAGAGCUGAAAAAGCUUGCAAGACAAGGAUGGUACUGGGGCCCCAUAACACGGUGGGAGGCAGAAGAGAAGCUUACCAAUGUGCCUGAUGGAUCUUUUCUUGUGCGUGACAGUUCUGAUGACCGAUAUCUUUUAAGCCUGAGUUUUCGUUCACAAGGCAAAACUCUUCACACUAGAAUAGAACACUCGAAUGGCAGGUUUAGUUUCUAUGAACAGCCGGAUGUGGAAGGACACACAUCCAUUGUAGAGCUGAUUGAGCAUUCAAUUAAAGACUCUGAAAAUGGAGCAUUUUGCUAUUCUAGGUCUCGCCUACCUGGCUCUGCAACCUAUCCUGUAAGACUAACAAACCCAGUUUCUCGGUUCAUGCAAGUUCGUUCACUACAGUAUCUGUGCCGUUUUGUUAUUCGCCAAUACACUCGAAUAGACUUGAUUCAAAAAUUGCCUCUGCCAAACAAAAUGAAGGAUUAUUUGCAGGAGAAGCACUACUGAAAAGUUUUGAAGUCUUGCAGAUUGCACUUUUGGAACUGGAAUGCAUUGGAAUAUUUAAAAAAUAUAUAAUUUAUCGAAAAUUAGCCGAAAAAGUUUCCUUGUUUAUUUGGAGGUGUUCCUUUACUUUGUAAUCACAGGCCUCUGUUCUUUAAUCAAUUCCACCAGUACCCCGUCUGCAGUCUGUUCUCCAUGCACUCAGCCUAUUUGUAAAGUAAAGAAUUCACACAAUAUUUCAUGUUGAGGUCUAACAAUAGAUUCUUAACCUAUGAAAAAAUUCUGAGGCUUGUUCAUGCCCAUUCUUUGUCCAUUUUACACUAUUAACUACAGGUUUCUAUCCUUACCAUCUGGAUCUACAGCAGAGUCAGUGGAAUAAACUCCCAGAAGCUGCCAGAUAAACCAAUGCUAUGGUCAGUUCUAAGCAUUUUGGCUUACACGCACUAUUUUUAAUUGAAUUCCCAAUUAUUGGUAAUGAUAUUGAAGAUGUUGAAGGUUUGGCCAAUAAUUGUUUAUACAUUGAAAUUAAAUUAAUACCACGGCAUAUUCUCGAUAUAUUUCAUUUAAAAAAAAUCUGGUUCUGCCAUAAAAUCAGUGCUUCUAUUCAGAGUUAACAGUGCUCAAAGUGACCUCCCAGGACAAAUAUACCUUGGGCAAUUUAUGUGCUUUUAAAAUCAAGCAAUGAUUUGUUUUUCUUUAAAAACAAAAAUGCUUAAUGGAGACAACAACAACACAAUGUGUUUAACGCAGCAAAUAGAUAGAGGGCUCAUAGAUCUGUGUACAAUUUGCUGUUUAUUUGUGUUGGCAUAUUUAGCCAAACAGCAGCUGACAGGCAGCCUGAAAGUUCACACCUUGUGCCACUCUCCCUGCACAUACAAUAUACUCUGUUUCUCUUUCUUACAAACUUUCUCUGCAGACCUGCGCACAAGUCCAAAAAUAUUUUAAAACAAUUCUUUUGAUUGGACUUUUUGUUCUUCCUUAAAAAUCUGUUGUUCUAAAGAUACAAUUUUAUAAACUUUGUCCUUUUUACAUUUGUUAACAUUUUGUGUUUGAUUUGAAAGGUUGUCAUCAAAUGCCUUUUUAUCGUAGAGCACAAUAUAGAAUUAUCUUUGCACGCCCUGUUUUGCACAUAAGAUUCUUGUGCCAGUUUGUGCUUGUUAUUCCAGGACCAAUUUUGUAAAGGGCCAUCAUGCCAGUAUUUUGAUUUGUAGUCGAAAUUCCAGUGGGACACCAUAUUGAAAUCAGUAAAUAUUGAUGUAUUAUUCCUGGUUUUAAAGGAAACCUUCAGCUUUAUGUGCAUCCUUCCGAUUUUGUGCAUUUUUUUUUUUGUUUAAAGUUGCAGGGCACCAUUAUUCAUUUCUAUGCAGUAAUACAGAAUAAUUGUUGAAUUCCUUUGUUUUCAGUUAUAUGAGUUGUUAUUUUGAAAUCAUGCUUGAGGACAUUGCAAUUGUUCAAUGUCUCUGUGCCCUUGUUACUGUCAGGCAAAGAUUGAUUAAUCAUGCCAUGAGAUAAAUUGAAUGUUUUUUUGUGUUUUUUAAUGGGUUGGUAUAUUAUUCCUGUAGUUCAUCUGUAUUUCAAUAGACCGACUGACUGAAAUUUGUUAAUAAUUUCUUUCCUUUAUUUUCCUCCAAUUGUUCAAGUACUUUGUGCACUUUUAGGUUGUGUUCAGUUUUGCAUUUACCUGUAUUGCCAUAUAGAAAACCUGUGUAGUGCACAGGCAAAAUCGUCCCUAUAAAAUGAUUUGUAAUAUGCCA